AUGUCCUACCACCAGCCUUGUCCAUCCAACGGCACCGCGCCAACCAGUCUCCCUGCACCACGCAUAAUAGCCCACGUUGUAUCUGAUCAUGUCAAGAACAACCCGCACAAGGUCUGGGGUGCCAGUCCCCGAUCACGCACGGAUCCGGCCGAAGGCUACGAAGACAUUUCCUUUGCCCGCCUCAACUACGCCAUCUCGCGCGCCGCGCAAUGGAUGCAGGAAACGAUCGAGCCACACCGAGACAAGGAACACGAGGCCCUGGCCUACAUUGGAGAGCCCGACACCCGAUACAUCGUUCUGGCGAUUGCGGCGCUGAAAGUCGGGUUUCAGAUGCUCUUCCUCUCCCCACGAAACAGCAACGAAGCACAGCGAACGGUGAUUGAACAGGCCACUUGCACCAAGUUCCUCUACACGCACGCCAUGGCCGCACGUGUGGAAAAGAUUCUGCAGAGUCAUGCGCGGCUUCGGUCCAUGGCCAAGUUCGAAGUCCCUGGCCAAGACGAGCUAUUACGGGAUGAGGAAGUUGCGGACUUUCCGUAUGAACGGACGAUCGAGGAGGUGAGAGCACUGCCGCUCGUCAGUCUGCAUACCUCGAGCACGACCGGAAUGCCCAAAAUCGUCCGCCUGACGCAAGGCUACGGCUUCCACGAAGACCUGGUGCAGCAUGUGCCGGAAUACGAAGGGUUGGACAUCAUUACCAGGAAGCCAUUCUAUGGCGCACAUCGCAUGUUUGUUGCCAUGCCCCUGUUCCACACCGGCGGCAUCCUCCUCACCCUCCUCAAAUCCAUCUACCACGACAUUGUAUGCAUCUUCCAGCCUCCCUCGGCCGCCCUUGACGCCCACUUAUUCGAUGGGAUCCUCCGCCAUGGACAAUGUACAGGCUGCGUGAUUCCCCCAUAUCUCCUGGAGGAGAUGCUCGCGGUCCCGAAUCAUUUCGACACUCUGGCGAGCCUGAAAUUUGUGCAGUUUGGAUCUGGUCCAUUGUCCAAGGCAGCGGGUGAUUUGUUGCUGACAAGACAGAACGACUGUCCGCAUUACAUUGGCAGCUCCGAGUGCGGGUUGUAUAUCUUGCUGGAGCUCGACGAUCCAGUGAAAGACUGGCAGUAUUUUCGCUUCCAUCCCCUCAGCGGCGUGGAAAUGCGGCCCAUUGGCGGCGACAGCACUGGCACCUUCGAGCUGGUAGUCGUUCGUUCAGCGGCCCAAAAGCACACGCCCGGCCUGCAGCCUGUCUUUGAACUCCUGCCGGACCUCAACGAAUGGCCCACCAACGACCUCUACAUUCGCCAUCCCUUCAAGCCCGACCACUGGCGCUACAUGGGCCGCAACGACGAUGUGCUCGUCCUCUCCAAUGGCGAGAAACUCAAUCCCGUCGACAUUGAGGCCCGCAUAGCUAACGCCCAUAGCGCGAUUACUGGCGCACUCGUUGUUGGACAAGGCCAGUUCGCCCCUGGGUUACUGCUUGAAGCCCGGGGCGUUGAUGCUUCAGACGCUUCAGCACGAGCACAGCUGAUAGAGGCCAUUUGGCCCGCCGUCGAGGCCGCCAAUCGCGAAUCACCCGGGCAUGGCCAGUUGAGUCGGGGACUGGUCAUCUUCACAGAUGUGCAAAAGCCCUUCCUCCGUACGCCAAAAUUGUCGGUUCGACGGGGACCGACGGUGGAUUUGUAUGCGGGCGAAAUUACCGAGAUGUAUCAGCGGUAUGCGCUUGUCGGCGAGGGUAAUGAGGCCGCGGCGUCACAGGGUGUGGAUUUCAGCUCGCUGAAUGGGAUUCAAAGGUAUCUCGAGAGUGUUCUGCGAGCUGUCACAGCAUGGGAAGGCGAUUUAAGACCAGACGAAGAUCUGUUCCAGAAUGGGAUGGACUCGCUGCAGGUCUUGAGGAUUGCACGGACCGUGAGCAGAGAGAUGCAGAGGCGUAAGCUCGGGGUAGAGGUUGAUGUGCGAGCGUUGUACAGCCAUCCGACCUUGAAGGGACUCGCCGAAGCCGUGCUCGAUCGGAUGGCGAGUGCAAAGGGAGUGGGCGGCGGUGGAGAUGAAGCCGCAUCUGACGAGAGAAGGGAACACCUCAUCGACCAGUUCGUGCGCGAGCACACGGCCUUUAUGCCUUCUCUCGCCAAUCUCCAGCGCCAGAAAGGGCACCUGCGUAAUGUGGUCCUCACCGGCUCCACUGGCUCACUCGGAAGCCGCAUCUUGCUCGCGCUCCUCGCGGACCCCCAGGUAGGAAGCAUCUACUGCAUCAACCGCUCCCCGGACGCAAAGGCUCGGCAACUGGCGAUGGGAUUGCCCGAUGUCAAUGACCGCGUUCACUUUCUCUACUCGACCUCUCUGGCCGCGCCUUACCUUGGCCUCCCUAACGAAGAAGCGCUCCACCAGCUGCGUCUGGCGCAGAUCUCACACAUCAUCCACAACGCAUGGCCGGUGAACUUCAACCUCUCCCUGCAGUCCUUCUCGCCACACCUGAGCGGUGUGCGCGCCUUGGUCGAGUUCAGCGCCAGCCUCCCAUCACCAGCGAAAAUAAUCUUCGUCUCCAGUCUCUCCUCAGUGACCUCCCUCAGCCUGGCCUCCGACUCCUCCGUCCCGGAACAUAUCAUCCUUGAGCCUUCUGCCCCCGCGAAGAUGGGGUACGGCGAGUCGAAAUACGUCGCCGAGCGCAUCCUCCACCGAGCCACAGAGGAGUCGGAUGGUGCGCUUGAGACGGCGGUAGUCCGGAUUGGACAAAUUGCUGGCCCCGUGAAACGAAGCACUGCAGUGUGGCCAACGCGAGAGUGGUUGCCCAGCCUAGUCAUUUCGUCCAAGACCGUGGGUGCGCUGCCGGAGGAGCUGGGACGCAUGGAUGAUGUAGAUUGGGUUCCCGUUGACUUGGUAGCGGAUUGCGUGGUGGAUCUACUCGCCGGACCCGGCGAUGGGGAUGGAGAAAGGGUGAGGACAGAGGUCUUCCAUCUGAUCAACCCUGACAUCGUUUCUUGGAGUUCUUUGGUCCCUUCAAUUGCGGCGCAGAUUGAAGUCAGACGAAUGGUGACACUGGCGGAAUGGAUUGAGCUUGUAAGACAAGGCCCUGACGAGACGGCUGAAAGUAACUCGAAUCCGGCGAAGAAGAUACUGCCCUUUUACAGAGCUCUACAAGCUCCCAAAAGGAGCUCGCGGUAUGAGACUGCGAGAAUGGCGCAAACAUCGGAGACAUACCGAGCUCUGCAGGCCAUCACAAGCGAACAGAUGGGCGAAUGGAUAUCGAAAUGGCGAUAG